AUGAAUAUACCUUAUAAAACUCUCAUCUCUCUCCCUGACAGCUAUGACGCCCGGGGAGAGAACGGACUCUACCAGCCAGACAAGGUUCUCCGCAACCGAGGCACCUUCGAAACCAGUUCCUCCCCAGCAAGGCUCAUCCUCAGCCCAGUGGAGGCCAAAGACCAGGGUAUCUACACCUGUAGAGUCGACUUUCUCUCCUCCCCCACCCACAAUACAGUGGUCAACCUUACAGUCAUUGAACCACCGGAGAAGCUGGUCAUUUAUAACGGUGACGGUGUUGUCGUCAGACGUAAAAUCGGCCCUGUCAACGAAGGCACUCCUCUGACCCUUUCCUGCGUCGUCAUGGGAGGUCGGCCGCCCCCCUCAGUGACCUGGUGGUCAGAAAGGGUCCUGGAGGAGCGAAACUUCGAGGUCACAAGAGAAGGCCAUGUCCGCUCUGACCUAAAGUUGGCUGAAGUGACCCGUGCACAUCAUCUUAAAACCUACACUUGCCAGGCGCAGAACAACAACCAGCAGAAGUUGAUGGAGGAGGUCACGAUAGACAUGAAUUUGAGGCCACUCAGCGUGCGGAUCAAAGUACCUGAAGAUCCCCUUAUAGCGGGCCGUCACUACACCUUUACCUGUGAGUCUCUGGGAUCCAAGCCACCCGCAGUCAUCAAGUGGAUUGAGGAGACGGGCGAAGUCGAAGGCUCACGAACGCACACGAGGUCGAGUCCAGGAGAGAUCACCACAGGCUCCCUGACGCUGGUGCCUACACAGAACGACCAUAGCAGAGUGCUCAAGUGUCAAGCCAGCAACCCCUCGGUGCCCGGAAGUGCUAUCUCCGAUUCGGUGCAACUUAAUGUACAAUAUGCCCCGGUGGUAGUACUGGAGAUGGGCAGGAACCUGGUGCCCACCUCCAUCAAGCAAGGUGAUGAUGUCUACUUCGAGUGUCGGGUCACAGCCAACCCUCAGCCGUACAAAGUGAGCUGGGAGAAAGAUAGUGAAGAGGUGAGGCACAACCAGACGGCUGGGGUGAUUCUGAGUGGCAACAGCCUGGUACUGCAGCAGGUAGAGAGGUCGAGUGCAGGAGAAUACACCUGCUCUGCCACAAACACUCAGGGAACCCAGCUCUCCAAUCCCGUCCGACUCGACAUAAUGUACCCUCCCGAGUGUAUGGUGGACAAGCCUACAGUAUUGGCAGUGGGUCGUGGCGAGAGGGUCAACAUCUCCUGCAGGGUAGCCAGCAAUCCCCCCAGGGCCACUUUCCACUGGCGUCUCAACGGGUCAGAGAGAACCUACACCUCUAAGGGUGAGCCACUACCCUGGGGACACUUGGCGUCUCACUACACCUUCGUCGGCGCCUCAGACAAGGACUACGGCAUGCUUCACUGCUGGGCCAACAACUCCAUAGGCGUCCAGGACAACCCAUGCAUUUUCCAAAUCAUUCCUGCCGGUCCCCCGUCCUCGCCCGAGAACUGCGAAAUCAUCAACAACACGGCCGAGAACAUCGAAGUGCUGUGUGAGAGGGGCUUCGACGGAGGGAUGCCGCAACUCUUUCUGGCGGAGGUGUACGAUGAGCCAGGCUCCCUACACCUCAACAGGUCGUCGGAAGAGCCCCAGUUCUCCGUGGAGCCGCUGCAGCCAGGCACAACCUACACCAUCCGUAUCUCAGCUUUCAACGAUAAGGGCAGAUCGCCCCCCGUCUCGCUCACUGCGGUCACGCUCAAAGUGGCCGAGCAGAGAGUCGGUGAAAACAAGUCUCUUCUGUAUUCGCCUCUCAUCAUCAUCUUCCUUAGCAUCGUGGGCGUGUUUCUCACACUCAUCCUCAUCCUCAUCAUCGUCACUCGCUGGAGGAAAAGCUAUUCCUCCACUUCGACGUCCUCCUCCACAGCGGCUGUAGCCCCGUCCACCGACCCAGCUCAGGAAGAACCCGCUGAAGACCGCAACAGGAAGGAGGAGACCCAACCACAGAAAACGAAGCCGAAGAAGAAAGUGGUGGUUAUAGAGAACGGGACGAAGGAUAAGAUCGGCCUCGGGGAUGUGUCUGUUGAUGUAACCUCCUCCAAAGAUGCAUUACUGGGGCGCCACACUGACUUGCAGACGCUGGCCAAUGGCUCUGCCGGUUACUACAACAGUCUAGGCAAGACCUCCUUUCCUUCCACCGUUCCGUCCUCUUCCUCUUGCACUCUUCCCCGGUCUCAGAGGACCUCCACUGCCCCCGCCACUACCUCCUCAUCCUCCUACUCUCCCUCUGGCGCACUACCCAUCAACCACUCUUCUCUCACCGCCGCAAAUAACGCCGCCACCGCCGCCGCUGCUGCUAUUAGUUUAGCAGGGGAAAGUUACACUCCGUACGCACGCUAUUCCGAGACACUACCCAGGAAUUACGGUAGAGGAACGAGGGACUUCGAUGGGUAUCAUAGCGAGGCGUACAGAGGAGGUGGGGAUGGUAGUCUGAUUGCUAGUGGGGGCUAUCGAAGAAGCAACAGUGGCAACCUCGGCCCAGAUAGCUAUCGUGGGAGUAUCACUUUUGCCAGUGAGAGUUAUCUAAGCGAUGAAGGAAGCAUUCUGAGCGACGGAUAUCGUAGUGUUGUUGGAGGUCAGGGAAGAGGAGGAGGAGGAGGAGGGGGAAGAAUGCUGGGAGAUAGCUAUCGUUGUGGCGGCGGCGUUGGUGGCAGCAGUGGUGCUAACACUGAACACGAUACAUAUCAGGUAGGAGGCAGUGUUGAUUGUGGUGAGCCAUAUCGCGUUAGUGGGAGCGUUGGAGUGGUGGAGACCACAUAUCGCACUGGCGCCGUUGACAGUAGCAGUAGUGGUGGUGGCGGUGGUGGUUGUAGGGGACGAAGUGGAAAGGACAAGUACCACUUACUGGAGGACCUGAAAAAUAACCCCAAAUAUGUGGUACGGACUCGGGGUGGUGAAACCAGUGACGAAAGCUUUGUGUAAACCUUGUUGAAGAUUAGUGAUGAUGAUGAUAAUGGUGAUUAUGAUAGUGAGUGUACGUUUUUCUCUUGAACUUUGUGACAAAUCUUGAACAAAAUAAUAGUUCCACCAGAGAAUCUGCUUAAGAAAACUGAGCAUUUUAAUUUUUAACAAUUUAUGAGUUAAAGCGAGAUAAUAGACUAAACUCCAUAACUCAACACUGACGAGACUCUUUCUUAUAACAA